AUGCCCAGCGUCCGCCUUAGCGUCAGGCUCCUGGCAGCCUUGGCAGUGGGCGGCGCCAUCGCCCUGCUCGGCUACUGCGUCUACCUGGACCGGAAGCGGCACCGAGACCCCGCCUUCCGCCGCUGGCUGCGGGACAAGAGAAGAGCUGGACAGUCCAACGCCAAGGCGCCCGCUAGGCAGUUAUGGGAUCCAGAAAAGAAGAAAACACUACAAGAAUUUUUUUUGCAAGAGAUGCAGAUGGGAAAACUUUGUUUAGCUAGAGGGGAGCAUGGAAUGGGAUUUGAACAUUUCACCAAUGCCCUUUUAGUGUGUGGGCAACCGAAAGAGCUACUGAUGUUUUUCAAAAACACACUCCCUCCUGAGGUUUUUCAGAUGCUAUUGUACAAAAUUCCCAUUAUUUGCCAGCAACUUGAGGCAGACAUGCAUGAGCAAGAAGUACUUGACGGAUGA